GUGUAUGAACUGUUUUAUAUAAUUCUCUACUAGCUCAACACUUCACAACACCACUUCAAAAUCUUCACUCUCUUUCUUCUAAGAAGCUAGAAAAGAUGGAGAGGAAAAUAAGCUAUGUUUCAUUUUCCAUGUUUGCUUUGCUUGUUGGACUUCUUUCUCAGAACCUUGUGGUUUCUGUGAUGUCCACAACUGUUGAAGAUCAGAAAAACUUCUACACUACAGAUCCACAUUCAGGAAAUCCUUCAGCUGGUUUCACUGAUUCUCUAUGUCCACAUAGGAGUUCUCCUCCCUCAUCUCAUGGAAGCUCAUCACCACCUUCACAUGGAAAUGGUGGAGGUUAUUACAAUCCAACACCAUCAACACCACCCAGUAGAAACUGUGGAUCAUCACCAUCACCACCACCACAUGAUCCUUCAACUCCAUCAACACCAUCACAUAAUCCAACACCAUCAAACCCUCCAUCAAGAGGUGGAUACUAUAACUCUCCACCAUCAAGUGGUAGCCCUCCAACUCUAACUCCACCAUCUGAUCCAUCCACACCAAUUGAUCCAGGCACUCCUACAAUUCCCUCACCACCUUUCUUUCCUUCCUCAUCUCCCUUCACUGGAACAUGCAACUACUGGAGGAGUCAUCCAGGAAUCAUAUGGGGAAUUCUUGGUUGGUGGGGAACAACAGGAAAUGCAUUUGGAAUAACUAACAGUGUUCCAGGUUUUAGUCCUGGUCUAACCUUACCACAAGCACUUUCCAACACAAGAACUGAUGGACUAGGAGAACUCUACAGAGAAGGCACUGCUUCAUUUCUCAAUUCCUUAGUCAACCACAAGUUCCCUUACACAACUGACCAAGUCAGGGAGAGGUUUGCAUCAUCACUUCACUCCAACAAGGCUGCAGCAACACAAGCUCACCUUUUCAAGAUGGCCAAUGAAGGGAAAAUGAAGCCUAGAACAUGAAAUUAAUUCAUAUAAUUAAUGGUUAAUUAGUUUGUUUGACUUAAUUUGAUUUGGUGUGUCAAUUUAUUAAGACUAUUAUAGUAUUAUUAAGGUUUUUUUUGUUAGUUUGUGGUAUUUUGAUUUAGUCUUAUAUUGGGUUUGAUUUAUGUUGAGAAUGGAUAUCAUGUUUCUUUGACAAUUUAAUGAAAGUUUUGUGGUUUUA